GGCGUGCUUCCAGACUCCAAGUCGGUAUCGCGUGCAGUGGCCGCCACUUAGCCCUGCGGACGUGCUGGCCCAGCAGUCCCACCCCGCAUGGAGGCAGCCGGCGCACGACGCAGUCAUGGAAUUCUGCUUCUCCUCCAGUUCGGAGGGGGACAAGUCGCUCUGGGAGUGGUACUUGCAGUUGGCCGCGGCGGGCCUGUUCGUCCAUGAGGUUUGCCAGGGGACGCCGUGGGCUGACCGGGUCAACGCUUGGGGUGGCCAUGGUACCAAAUACGUGCCAGCGGUGCGAACCACAGUGGGCGUCACGCUGAAUUGGUGGAAGACGGGCGCCUCAGGUGAUGGUAGGAUUCGCCUUGACGGUAAAGAUCCGGCGGUCGAAGCCAUGCAGCCUCGAAUGCGCCGGGCGUUCGAGGAAUACAUCCAGGGCAGGACCAUGCAGGGCAAGUUGACAGGCAACCAGGCGAAUCGAGCCAAGGUGCAGCAGGGCCGCUUGUCUCAGGAGGACGUUCGUCGAAGGGGGCGCAUGGCCCGCACGGCGGGUAAGGCGCUUGCCCUCAAGGGCGCCGCUCUGUUCCGGUCUGGAGCGACGGAGCCAGGCGUGUGGGACCUCCUGGGCGACCACAUUGGGGCCCGCAGCGCGCCCCCGUUCCGCUCGAUGCCGUGGCCGAUUGUGCUGCGCGCGGGGGUCGUUGUCUCCGUCCACAGUGACGGGCGUGUCCUGUGCGUGGCGGGCAAGGCAACCGUCGACGCAGUGGAGGAGGUUGAGGCUCUCCUGCAGCGUCGGCUUGGCGCCCAAUGGACCGAGGAGGACGGCUACCUGAGUGCCGGGCCGGCGAUGGAGAUCGUGUGCGGGACCCCGGGCUCCCGCGCGCUCGGGCUGCAGCAGCGGGCUGCCGCUCGCGCGCGCGCCGCGCUGGCGGUGGAGAUUUGGAUGGAGGGGGUGCGGCCAUACAAGGAGGCGCUACGAGCGGCGGCGCUUGUGCCGGCGCCCGGUGGCUCGGCGUCGCUUCGAGGUGCGCCGCGUCGCCUGUGGGCCGCCGGCACCUCAGCCGACGUUGCAGCGCUGUUGCAGGAGGCUUCGGAGGCCGUCGAAGGCCAGCAGCGGGCAGUGCAUGCGAUCCCUGGCGUGCUGGCAGCGCGAGAGGCCUUAGCCGCGGAGCUGCGGCGAGUUCGGUCGCAGGCUUCGCGGGGCGCCAGCCGCCGGAGCCGGCUUGCGCGCCUCGGCUUGCAGGCUGCCGCUUACGCUGGCCCGAUGGGGAAGGCCCAGGAGGAGCGCUGCGCAGGUGCAGGGGGCCAGAGCCGGCUGUGGUCGCUGGCCGGCGUCAGCGCCGGCUACUCUGGUGGUGCGAAUCCCCAGGGCACGGGGCUGCUCCUCGAGAGGUGGCGCGACGUCGGCAGCUUCAUGGGCGCCCUCUGCGUCGACUUCUUCCUCAGUGCGGCUUGCCGCCUGUUGCCAGGCUCGGAUUUGAAGUCGGUCCUGCUUGAAUUCGCCUACGACCCCCUGGGGCCCCGAUCGUCGGCAUACGACGUGGUCUGUGGCUUCUGCCAACGGGAUUCGCUGGUCCCAGUCGAGUGGAGAUCAGAGUGGUCGGACACUCCGCGGGUCCAGUGGUUCGUGGUGGACUCGACCAUCCUGGUGGGCGGCUUCGUGAUCCCUCCGCGCGGCCCGCGUGCCUCCGAGUCCGUGCGGAUGGAGCUCCUGGAACGCAUGUUCUCUCAGUAUGAUGCCAUUCGGCAGGGGCAUUGCCAUUUGCGCGAGGCGGUGGUGUACGGCGACCUCAAUCCGUCAAAAGCUGCGCCGGACGGUGCCCGAUGCUUCUUCGAGCGGGACCCGGACGGCUGGCGCGUUGCGCAGGAGGCCCUCGGUGACUUUAUGGGGCUCGCCGCGGAGGAAGUGGAGCGCUGGACGACGCAUCGGGCUACGUGGCAGCCAGCGCCAGUGUCCCGGAUGCAGUGUGCAGCAGAGAUCGCAUCGUGGUUGUGGCGGGCGUCCAUGUAUCUGGCGGCGGCAUGCGGCCAGCUCAUGCGCACGUCGACCCCGAAGAGGACGACCCCGCGGCAGAGCGCCAAGACUGAGUUAGUGGCACAGGAGGUCCAAGCUGGGAGACGAGCUACAGCUGCUAUUGCCGCGGCCGACGCCCAGAGGAGGGCCGACCGCUACAUCGGCUUGGUGAUGGACGACCCGGGUGAGGCGGGGAAGUAUUUGAGCCGUCUCACCGCCAAGCGUGGCAUCGGGCUGCCAAGCGCGAUGGAAGACUACGCGGAGCCGGGGAAGUUUCUGCACGGCGCCAGCGUGCUGGAGGGCGCAGCGGCAUACAUUGCGUCUCGUGGGCGAGGCCGUGAGAACCUCUUGACGCACGUGCAGCGUGGGAGACUGAGGGAGGUGGAGCAGCGGUGCUCUGACGUCCUCGGCCGGCAGCGGGAUCAGUGGCGGUCGCGGUGGUGCGAAGAUCACCGGCCCUACACGACUGACGACCUGGAGGCAGCGUGCGGCAAGGUCAAAAUCGGCAAGGCGAGCGCGGGGCUUCCGUACGCCAGCAUCAAGACCACGACCCAUGUUUGUGCGAGGCUGCAGCUUGCCGUCCAGAACCUUUCGCGCUUCCUCAUGGUGGUCCCCCAGUGCUGGAAGUGUCAACCCACCUUCCACUCCCACAGCCGCGGGCGGCCCGUCCACCAGUACUCGUCGUACCGCACGCUGUCCGCCAACACGCUGGAGUUGAGGAUCGCAGAGGAGAUGUGGGCGGCGGCAUGCGAAGAGAGGCUGUGGACGGCGGCUGGCGAGGAGCAGCUGGGGCGGGGCGACUCUCUCGUCGCCGCCGUUAUGGGGCUUGACGUGAGGAGGAUGCGGUGCGAGCAGGGCCUGCCGCUGGGCGAGCUCUUUACCGACCUCGCCGAGGCUUUCGACACAGCCCACGACCUUGUGGCAGCGGCGGGCAUGCUGGAAGGCUCCGUGAUCAAGGUGGUGUCCCCGCACGCGCAGGCGCGGCCGGUGGAGUUGGGGGGCGGGGUGCCCGAGGGGCGGCGCCCGGCUCCGGCGCUCUUCGCAUGUUCUGCCAGGCGCUUCGGCCGUGUCCUCGAGGAGGAGGGCUUUCUUGGCGUGGGGCUCGAUCCCCCGGAAGAGGCGGUCUUCUCCCUCGCCCUCCAGCCUGCGCCCGAAGCCGAGGAGGCGGCCCCAGACGUCGCAUGGUGCAUCGCGGAGGCUAGGGCCUGCGGCGAGGACGACGGCCGCUGGCGCACGGCCAUGGCGGCGGCGCGCACGCGGGACGAGCAGCUCACUCUCCUGGAUGCUGCCUCGACGGUGCGGCUGGGGAUUACGCAGUUCAUGGACGACAACUGCGUCCGUGCCAGCUGCAGGGGAGCUCUGAAGGAGGCCCUCACGCGGACCCUCGACGCCGUCGCGCGCCUGCGUGGUCAGCUGCGUUUCGGGCUGGGCAAGACGGAAUGCAUUGCGCAGGGAUUCGCUGACACCCGGGCGAUUGAGCGAGUGGUGUUUGUGCCGUGCCACGUCGCCCUGGGGUUGCCGAUGGACCCUGCUGGCAGGCUGACCGAACUUCUCCAGCAGGAGGAGGGCCGCGCAAUAGCAGCAUGGGGCAGCGCGCUGCUCGGCAUCGAGCUCGUGGGCCUGCCGCUCCGGGCAGCUUUGGCGGCGCUGGGAGGCAGGGUACUGCCCCGGGCGUGUCACGGGGCGUCGCUCCUCGUGGUCAGGAAGGACUGGGACACCAGGCUCGACGCGGUCUACGACAGGUGGGUUGUGCGAUUCUUGGAGCUCGUGAAGCCUGUCCCGCGCGUCGCCCUGCUGAGGGAAAUAGGCUUCCCGUGGCGGCUCAGCACGCGGGUGCUCCGGGACGCCCUCGCGCUGCUGGCCUGGGUGGAGGCCCUCGCGGCAGCAUCCAGCCCACGGCGGGUCGCCGGCGUUGCAGCGGGUUUCGCAACCACGUGGGCCGCGACUGUCAAGCAGCAUGCCGUCGCACUAGGCAUCCAGGACCUGCGAGGGUGGGCUGCGGCAAGGGCGGCGGGGCAGCCAGAGACGUUGACGCGGCAGGCGAGAAAGCGGCUGAUCCGACGUUACAUCCGUCUGGAAGUGGCCCCGCCCCUCCAGAGGCGCGAGGAGGCGUGGCGGGCGCAGCAGCUGGCCGUCCACCCGCCCAGGGGCGCCGCCACGGUGGCUGAGGCGGCGGAGUCGCAGUUCCUCUGCAAAACGGUGCGGCCCUGGGCGCAGCUCCGCCUGCAAGGUCAUUUCUCGACGCACAUGGGCGGGGAAGGAGCGGCGUGCAGCUGGUGCGGCGCAGAGGUGGAGGAGGCGGUGGCGGGCACUCUCUGGGAGGGCCUUCCGGCUGAGGAGCUGCACCAGCGCUGCCGCGAGGACGAUGACGUGCUCACGGCGGUGGCGGUCACGUGCUGGCUGCAGGCGCUUGCCCAGCGCAGCCAUGGCGGCCCGCGCCAGAUGUAAAAUAAAACGGUGGGUGGCCAGCACUCCCCUGCUACAUUUGCAUUGGGUUUGCCUAUGUGCGGACGUGCAGGUCGAGGGUGCUGAGCCUCCGGCGGCCCACCGUAUUAUGAAAGCAUUGUUACGUAGUCUCCCCCUGUCCGCCGGGAGAGACCCGCGAGGCCGGGAGGGCCGAGGCGGCAAACUCGCGAAAGAAAA